CGCCUCCUCCUCUCAUCCCACCAAUCCUUCCCUGCUCCGCCAGCGUCCCUAGUUGCUGACGCAGGCCGUCAACACUUCCCUCGCCCGCCCCUUUCCGACGCCGUCAGUCUGGCAGGACAGCGGGGCUGCUGGCGGUUUGCGCUUGCGCGGUUCCGCCGGUUUCCCCUCUUCUGCGUGCUGCCGGGCUUGGCGUUGAGGGGGCGGCCGGGGAGUACGUACGCACGCCCUCCCGUGCUUGCGGCAGCUCGCCCCCAGACGCGUGUUCCGCCGGCCCGAAGAGAUGUUGCGGGUUUAUCAGCUAACUGGCGUGAGCGCCGCCACCCAGAAUUGCCUCUGUGGAAAAUUUGUACUCCGUCCCUUGAGACCAUGCCGUAGAUACUCUGCAACAAGAAAUUCUGGGCUUUCUGCAGGCAAAAUUGCUGGAGCAGGCCUCUUGUUUAUUGGUGGUGGUGUUGGUGGAACCAUUCUGUAUGCUAAGUGGGACCAGCGUUUCCGAGACAGUGUAGAAAAGACCAUCCCUUUUUCUGACAAGGUCUUUGAGAUGGUCCUUGGUUCUUCCCAGGCAGUGCCAUUGCCAAAGCAGCCGCCUGGUCCACUAAAAAUUUCUAGUAUGUCAGAAGUAAUGAAAGACUCUAAACUCCAGAAACAUAAAGGAGACACGCCAAGUUCUGCAACUAAAGAAGGUGAUGCUCCGUCCAUUCCGUCUCCUGCUGAGCAGCGUGAAAAUUUUGACCAAGUACCUCCGCUUGAACUACUCGAAGGAAAACAAAAGCCUUAUAUUUCAGAGGAGAGACAUGUGCAUGAAGCUUCACCUUCUAGAGCAAAGCGAGUCUCAGAAGAGGUUGCAGCUCAGCGGGUCCAGCAGGAAGCAGAGGAGCAGGACAGAGCAAUCCAGUCUCUGGCCAAAAGCUUAGAAGAUUCUUUAAGCCACACAGCUCAGAUCACUCUGCAGGCAAUAGCUGCCCAGAACGCUGCCGUCAAGGCCAUUGACACUCACUCAAGCAGGUUGAAGAAAGCAAUGGACAGUCCAGAGGUUGCAAAUGGGAAAUCGAUGCAGUGGCGGUCAGUGGAGGAUGCCUUGAAGGAUCGCAGAAAGGCUGUUGAUGAAGCUGCUGAUGCCCUUCUGAAAGCCAAAGAAGAGUUAGAGAAAACGAGGAGCAUCAUUGAGAAUUCUAAGAAAAGGCCCAAGCUUGCGGGGGCCCAGACCCACAUCUCUGCUGCAGAAGAGAAUCUUCAGAACAUGAUCGUAGAUCUGGACAAUGUGGUCAAAAAGGUCCAGGCAGCUCAGUCUGAAGCCAAAGUCGUCGCUCAGUACCAUGAGCUGGUGGCCCAAGCCCGGGAUGAGUUUCAAAGGGAAUUGAACAGCAUCACCCCAGAGGUACUUCCUGGUUGGAAGGGGCUCAAGAUCUCAGAUUUAGCUGAGCAGCUGUCCACCGACGAUCUCAACUCCCUCAUCGCGCACGCCCAUCGCCGUAUUGACCAGCUAAACAGAGAGCUGGCGGAGCAGAAGGUCCGGGAAGAACAGCACAUCGAGGCUGCCCUGGAAAAGCGGAAGCUGGAGGAUGAGAAGACGUUCGAGUUGGCUGUGGCCAAAGCGUUGGAGCAUCACAGGAGUGAGAUACAGCUGGAGCAGGACAGAAGGGUUGAAGAAGUCCGAGAUAUGAUGGAAACGGAAAUGAGAACCCAGCUCCGGCGACAGGCCGCUGCCCACACCGACCACCUGAGAGAUGUCCUUCGGAUCCAGGAGCAAGAGCUCAAAUAUGAAUACGAGCAGGGCAUGUCUGAGAAGCUCGCAGAGCAGGAGUUGCAGUUCAAACGCCUCAGUCAGGAGCAAGUAGACAACUUCACCCUGGACAUAAACACGGCUUACGCCCGGCUCCGAGGGAUCGAGCAGGCCGUCCAGAGUCACGUGUUGGCCGAGGAGGAGGCCCGCAAGGCCCACCAGCUCUGGCUUUCGGUUGAGGCCUUGAAGUACAGCCUGAAGACGGCCUCGGCGGACAGCCCCACGAUCCCGCUGGGCACGGCAGUGGAGGCCAUCCGCGUGCACUGCCCGGACGAGUUUGCCCAAGCCCUGACCGCGGCCAUCCCUGCUGAGUCCCUGACCCGCGGCAUCUACAGCGAGGAUGCCCUGCGAGCCCGCUUCCAGCACGUCCAGAAGCUGGCGCGGAGGGUGGCCAUGAUCGACGAGACCCGGAACAGCUUGUACCAGUACUUCCUCUCCUACGUGCAGUCCCUUCUCAUCUUCCAGCCUCAGCAGCUCAAGCCCCCGGCCAAGCUCGUCCCAGAAGACCUGAACACAUUCACGCUGCUGUCUUACGCCUCAUACAGCAUCGAGCACGGCGACCUCGAGCUGGCCGCCAAGUUUGUCAACCAGCUGAAAGGGGAGUCGCGCCGGGUGGCGCAGGACUGGCUGAACGAAGCUCGUGUGACCCUGGAGACGAAGCAGGUCGUGGACAUCUUGACCGCGUAUGCCAGUGCCGUUGGCAUCGGGACCACCCAGGUGCAGCAGUGAGGGCGCGAGGUCCGGGCGCCGUUUGUCCCGCUCUCUGUACGUACACUGUUGUCUCUUUUGGAAGGUUUGCAGCAAGGCUCCUGGGGGUGGGGCUAAGGGCGGCCACCUGUCCCCGUCACCUGCCACCUGCUGCAAGCUCCCUGUUUCCAAUUACUAUCAUGUCAGCCAACUCCAGGCACUUUUCACACCUUGUGUAGCAUUGGAUGUUUUCAGGUUUUACUGAUGGGGCUUUCGAUCCAAUCAAGGUAAUGUUUGUGAUCCCCAACCACUAUUGAUUUGGCCACUGAAUAAAACACAAUGAAAACGUC